CGGGAGGUCGAUGGCCAUUCACAUGCGCGGAUGGCAUUUGCCGAAGCCCUAAAGAGCGCGCAACGGAAUGUCUCGGCUUGUUGAUCUCCGAACCACACCCCACAGCUCUAGGCAAGCCGUUGGAGUACACAUGCCAUAAGACGAGUGGAUCUGUCAACAUGGCGGGUGUUAUCGAAUCAUGGCUAAGUCACAGACCAAGAAGAUCUCGCCAGCACCAUUGCAGAUCGUGGUGGUAGGGGCCGGGCUGGGCGGACUGUCCACUGCUGUAGCGUGUUCGCUCGCAGGCCACAAUGUCCUGAUCCUAGAAGGUGCGCGGGAGUUGGCAGAGAUUGGUGCAGGACUACAGAUCACUCCUAAUGCAAGCAAGCUGUUUCAGCAGUGGGGUGUCUACGAUGUCUUGGAACCGAAAGCAGCAGAGCCGACCAUUCUACAAGUUAGGCGCUACUCAGAUGGAAAGGUCCUGUCACGGACAGAAAACUUCAAUGGAGACAUGAGGAAGAAGUACGGCUCUCCCUUCUGGGAUCUACAUCGUGUGGACGUUCAGCGAGCACUCGCCGAUCGGGCGAGGGAGCUUGGCUCGACACUCCGCCUAGGCGCUCGCGUUCGUGAUAUUGACUUUGGUAAACCGUCUGUGACGCUGGAGAACGGGGAGGAGCUGCAUGCCGAUCUUAUUGUCGCUGCGGACGGUCUUUGGUCGAGGUGUAGAGAGAAGUUCCUGGCGUUGAAAGGCGCGGCCGACGCACCCCUGCCGACUGGUGAUUUGGCAUAUCGGAUUGUGCUUAGUCUCGAUGAGGUCAAAGAAGCAGAGCUUAGAGACUGGAUUGCGAAUCCUACCUGCAACUUCUGGGUUGGACCAGGCGCUCAUGUUGUGGCUUACUCACUGCGCGAUGGCCACAUGUUCAACGUCGUAUUGCUGGUGCCAGAUGAUCUACCAGCGAACGUUGCGCGACAGCCAGGUUCAUUGGAUGAGAUGCGGGCAUUGUUCAAGGACUGGGAUCCUGUCCUGAACCGCUUCCUGGACCAAGUGAAAUCUGUUGACAAAUGGAAGCUCAUGCAUCGCCCAGAGUUGGAUAGCUGGGUUAGCGAUCAAUCGACCUUUGUCUUCGUCGGAGACGCUUGCCACCCGAUGUUGCCGUAUCUAGCGCAGGGCGCCAAUUCAUCAAUGGAAGAUGGUGCAGUGCUGGGCAACGUACUAGCAGCGAUGACUUCGAAGGCCGAAUUGCCAGCCGCGCUCCGUCUAUAUGAGCGGUUGAGGAAGGCUCGUGGUGAAGCCAUCGUCCGCGAGACUUUCGCUCAACGAGAAGACUUCCAUAUGCCUGAUGGCCCGGAGCAGCAGAAGCGAGAUGAGCUCAUGCUUGCCACGCUUGGUAAAGAUAUCAGUCGUAGCGGGCCUUUCCCUAGCCGAUGGCAAGGCGGCAACGUCCAGCCGUGGCUCUACGGGUACGACGCACAAGCAGAGACCGAUGCUGCACUGCGAGACUCACCACUAGGUGCUGCGGGAUAACUUUGUCGAGGUAGAUAAGGUAGCAAUAUGCACGCCAGGCUCGUGCAUCGUACUUGAUCGAUCAUACUCGUCGUUGCGUAGCACCGCUCGUGGCUCGUGGAUCAUGCAGAGAGCCUUUUAGUUACCAAUUGCAACUGGGGUGGUGCUGUGAUCCUGCGUCUUGCCGAGAAGCCUAUCUACUCCUGGAUCGACAUUGUUUUUCUAGUUCGGCAUCGCUUCAUGUUCCAGCCUCGGCUCGCCGUCUCGCCUCUGCACGCCGCCCAUGU